AAAUUGCACCUCGAUGAUAUCGAGGUCGGAGCGAAGACUUCAUCUCGAUAGAACCAAAGCACCGAGUGAUCUCAAGUCACCUCCUCGCUCCGCUUGCCUCUCCUUCUUCGAUUUCCUCAAGAAAGAGUUGUUGAUAGCAUAGAUGACGAUGGUCACGAUCGCAAACACCGUCGUCGCCGUCGGAGACCCCCGAUCCCAAUCGCUUGCCGGCUAUAGUUUGAAGCCGUCGAACAAGUCCCCUGUAAUAUGCGAUCCUUUGAGCUUCUCUCUGAGACCUGCAUGCCGGAGGAGAGCGGGAGUUUCAGGUUACAGGGGCCAAUUGAUGGUUCAAAAUGCCUAUAGGGAUGGUAGAAGGCCCAGCAAUGCAAGCAUCUUCACUGGUGGCUUUGUGCUGGGAGGAAUUGUGGUUGGGACACUUGCUUGUGUAUAUGCACCUCAGAUCAGCAAAGCAUUGACUGGAACUGACAAAAAAGAUCUAAUGAAGAGAUUGCCAAAAUUCAUCUAUGAUGAAGAGAAAGCUUUGGAGAAAACCAGGAAGAUUUUGACAGAGAAGAUUGCACAACUUAACAGUGCUAUUGAUGAUGUUUCUUCUCAACUCCGAGCAGAUGAUGAGCCAAAUGGAGUGGCUGUGGCAUCAGAUGAGGUCGAAGCCGCAAUAUGAUGUCGAUCUAGGUGCGUAGGUGGAUGCAGCCAUCACACACUCCUUUCUUUGUACUGUUUUGGAUUGGUAAGUACUUGAUCGAUCUAUUGCUUGAUUUGGGACUGCUGCUCUUUGCCAGCGAGCAUUAGAUUUUUUUGGUUUUUUUGGGGAUGGUGGAGCUUAAAGUUUCUUUAUCAUCAGUAAAAACACAGGUAUUACUAUACUGGCGGAUGAGAUCAUUAAUAAAAUUAUAGAGUUAUAAUGA